AGGAAUUGCUAGGCCAGCGCACCUGCUAUAACGUUAGAUUGUUGCACUGAUGAACGUGACCAUUUUGCUCUCAUAAUUCAGUCUCUCUUAACACAGUUGGCAAGAAAUGAAAGUGAAAGAAUUCCAGCUAGCAUUGUGUUUCUACUGUAAAGAGGUGACUUGGCUUUGUCGAGUGUUUUCUACUUCGUUGUGAAAACGGACAUCAUGCUCAGAAAGUUGGACGCUUUAUGAAAAGCAUGAAACUGCGUGUGAGGAUAAACAAGCAGACCAGCAGGGUGAAGCUGGAGGGAGAGGAGCCCACUCUGACAGAGCUCAACGUUCAAAUCAGAGAGAUCCUUCUGCCUUCACAUGGACUCAGCCCAGACACAGAGUUCACCUUGUCCCUGAACGGUGCAGAUGUUCUAUCUGACUCUGGUCAGACUUUGUCCUCCUGUGGCAUCGUCAGUGGGGACCUGGUCUGUGUCAUCCUGCCUCCAUCUGUGGCUGUACCCUCCACCGCCUCUACCCCCUGCGCUGCCCCUGCUCCCUCAGCCCGCCAGGCUGUGCCCUCAGGCUCCCCUGCUUCCUCCGCUGCCUUUGCCGCCUCAGCCCGCCAGGCACCCAGCAACAGCAGUAGUAGUACUGGGCUGUACCAAGCUGUACACCCACCAGCCAAACGCUCCAGUGAGGCCAGCAGCACCAGCAAGGGGGCGGAGCCUCAACAGGAAGUGGUCAGAGAGGAGGAGCAGGAAGGAGAGGCAGGUCGGUGGGUGUGGGAGCCCAUGCUGUGUGGGGAGGCAGAAGGAGGGAAGGUCCCCCAUUCCCUGGAGGUUCUCUACCACCAGGCUCAGAGCAGCAGUACCUGUGAUGCCCUGAUGGUGGCAGUGCACCUCCUGAUGGUAGAGACGGGCUUCCUGUGCCAGGGCUCUGAGGGGCGUCCUGGUGAGAUGCCAGCUGGGUGGAGGGCCCCAGGAGGGCUGUACAGACUGCAGUAUGCCCAUCCUCUCUGUGACGACAGCCUGGCCAUGGUCCUAGCUGUUCCCAUGGGACCCGUUCUGGUUAUCAACGCCACCCUGAAGAUGAACCAGCAGGUGGAGACAGUGAGGAAACUGUCACUGAAACACUCCACCUAUGUGACCGACCAGUGGACAGGUGACAGUGCAGCGGCCGUCUACACAGAGCUGAGGAAGUUGUCCCGGGUCUUCAAAGACCAGCUGGUGUAUCCUCUGAUAGCUUCAGCCAGAGAAG